CCCACACUCAUCUGGUCAUAAGUGAACAUUUGCUGCACAUGAGCACAGGUUUAUCAUCAUCAUCACCCUCCUCAUCAUCAGCAGCUGCAGCAGAAGAAAAGGAGGAGGACCUUUUAAGGACGGAGUUGGACUAACUUGUCGCGCGCAGGAGCGGCGGCUGCUUUCAUUUGUUUUCUCUCAUUCUCUCUUUGGUUUUUUUUUUUGUUUUUGUCCGCUUUUGUUUUCUGCCGAGGACUGAAGUUAUGACCUCGGUGUGGAAGAGACUGCAGCGCGUCGGUAAGAAGGCGUCAAAGUUUCAGUUUGUCGCGUCUUACCAGGAACUGGUUUUGGAGUGCACCAAGAAAUGGCAACCAGACAAGCUGCGGGUGGUGUGGACGAGGAGGAACAGACGCAUGUGUUCCAAGCUCCACAGCUGGCAGCCUGGAAUCAAAAACCCAUACAGAGGCAUGGUGGUGUGGCCUGUGCCGGAGAACAUCGAUAUCUCCGUUACACUCUUUAAGGAGGCCAACGCUGAUGAGUUCGAGGACAAAGAGUGGACCUUUGUCAUUGAAGGUGAGAACAAGGGGCAUCGUAAAGUGCUGGCGUCCGCUGACAUCAACCUGAAGAAGUUUGCCAGUCCCACGCCGACACAGACCGACCUGACGCUGACGCUGAAGCCGCUGUCGGUCAAAGUGGUGGAGGCCACGCUCAAGCUGUCGCUGUCGUGUGUGUUCGUCCGAGAGGGAAAAGCAACUGAUGAAGACAUGCAAAGUCUGGCCAGCCUGAUGAGCGUCAAACCCUUAGACAUCGGGAACCUGGACGACUUCAACGAGAGCGACGAAGAGGAGGACAAGAAGUCCAUCUCUGCUGCAGUCACACACACCCUAACUCGCCCAAAUCGCCCAGCUCCCCCUCCGCCCGACAAGCGACACUCCACUGGACCCGCGUUCUCGGCCCCAGGCUGUGGACAUGAUACCGGUCCUCCCAGCCCCGUCAUCCAUUCUCGCCCUCCCUUACCGAUCGCUCCUCGUCCCUCGCCGCGUCGCUCCCGACACGCCGUCUCCACUGCUCCUGUCCAAUCAGACGUCCAGCCUUCCCCUGGCCCCUCCCCUCAGCCCUCGCCCAGGUCCAAGCAUAAAAAACUGACCGAGCCUCCGGCUUUAUCUGACCCACAACCUCCAAGCUCCCAGACCUCGGCAGAUACUCCUUCAGUCCAGACUGUGUCUCCAUCACCCACAUCCUCCACCACUGCUGCCUCCUCCUCCCUUCAUCCUCCUUCUCCAAAAACGUCCACCUCAGUGGAGCUUUCUCCAUCAGUGCCUUCAAAUCCAUCUUUUCAUGAAGGUUCUGUACAUGUUAAUGCACCUGCAACUGGCUUUUUUCCAAAACCUCCCUCCACUCCAUUGUCAUCCAGUCAGACUAUAAUAAUAACAUCACCCUCCACAUCCGUCACUCUGACCCAUAAGUCCACCCCUGCUGCCUCUCAGCCUCUCCCCCUCAAAUCCUCCUCACCCUCAAACUCCACCCUGUCCUCUGAGCCGUCGUCCACUCACCCUCCACUCACCCGGAGCCUCUCUCAGCCGCCUUCUCUGCCCAGAAUCUUCCAGUCGGGCUCAGCGAAAGCUCCUGCAGCAUAUCAGCGGCGCCCCCCAGAGGUUCAAAGUGUAGAUGAUGCUGCUUCAGCCUCUGUCCGCUCACACAUUUUCAAACCUCAGAUUGUGAAGUCGGUUGCUCGUCCUUCUUCUCCUUCACCCUUUUCUGCUGAUGCUCCUUCUCUGGCUCUGAAACACUCCGCCGCCAAAUCUCCUCCCUCUGGCUCAGAGUCAGGUGCUAAGGGGGCGUGGCUAUCGUCUGACUCUUCAACAGUUGGAGGUGACAUCACCCCUGUCCCUCUGCUGAGUAGUCCUGAUCUGGACGCACUCUGUGACCCCGUGGUUCCGAGCCUUCCUGUCUCCCUACCACACUCCUCACCCCCUCGCUCCUCUUCUGUCCUCUUCUCCUCUCCUCACCCUCAGCUCGCUGUCUCUCCUUCUACAGGCUCGACCUUUCCCUUCGCUCCGUCAGACAAGGAAACCACGCCGCGCCCUCUGAGCCGAGGUGAAGACGUCAGAGUUUCCAAACCAGACCAGGACAAAGCUGAGCCAGCUGUGCCCAGAGAUGCUGCUGCUGGGGCGGAUGCUGCCGUCAGCCAAGAAAACCAGCCAAUCUCAUCCAAAGACUCAGGAACAUCUCCUGAGGAGCCCAAAGAACCAAAGGGGCUUCACGUGGAACCGGCAACCCCAGUCCAGGUUUCCACCAAGCCAGCCAACGAGCGCACGGCUCUGGCCCUGGAGACGCUGCUUCCCUCAAAACCAGAACCAGGACUGCGGCCGGAACCGGCCUCCCAGCCGUCGGGAGAACCACAACAGGAAGGAGCCGAGGGGAAGAAAACGUCUGACAGCGCGGCCGGUGGUGAGGAGAACUCUGUCAACAACAAGGAGCCAGUGUGCGAGGCCGAAAAGCAGCUGUGGGCAGCUGUGGAGGAGACCACAGCCGAGACGGUGGAGAGUGAGGGGAGAAGUGAAGAGAAGGAUGAUCAGGAGCAAGAGGAGGGUGGAACGGGGGGUGCACACAUAGAGGCAAACGUGUGUGUUGCCGAGCAGCAGAAGGAGGCGCCUGCUGGCUUUAUGUCAGGAGUCGUUGGUGUGUUGUACAGAGGACCAGGGCAACAGUCCCCCGCUGUAACCCAGACGCCCGCUGCGCUGCCCUUCGUCCAACAAGCCCUUUGCGCUGCUGCCAAACAGCCAGAAAAACCGGAACAUUCUGACCCCCCGACCCGUCGCGCUGGCCGUCAACCUCUCACAAUGAAAGGAGAACGAGACGAUGACGCAGCCAAUGAGCAGGGAGAGCGAUUUCAGUCAUCGGUGGUUCACUGGCCGCCUCCUGCUGGCAAAAGCACAUUUAGCACACACUGUGACUUGAAACGCACCAAGACGCACGCCGACACACAGAUACAUACAGAUUCAUGCAAGAGUCUCGAGAGGAGGGACAAUGGAGACACAAACGCCAACAAGAGCCAAAGCUUGAAUAAGCACGUGCGUCCAACAAAGACGGAGAGUGCACCAGCGGACACUCCGCCUGAUCACGACAAUCUCGUCAAAGACCAACGGCUACAAGACGAGGAGAAGUUCUUGUUGGCUAAAAUCCAUCUGAUGUCAGGUGACACGUCUCCUGUCGUCAGCCCUCGCAGUAUGAAGCGCCUUAUCCCUGCGCCCGGUGAUAUUGACAUCGAUGCCUCUGAAAACUCUUCAGAAAAGACUGAUCCGAACCAGGACUCAACGAUUCCCCACUUUGAUGAGCUGCAGGAAAUACCUCUCACUGAGACGGAGGAGUCAGUGGUGGAGGAGGACGUCCUAAAACAGCCGCCACAGCACGGAAACACGUCCACCCACAAGGACAAACACGCCGACAUACACAUCCCUCCUCCCUAUCACUGUGAGAUGAAGACACAUUUGCUUCCUACGUUGAUAGAAGAAGAAACCAGUGAAGCAGAUCGCGUUCCAACAGUCAGAGAGGAGGCUGAUGGGAAGGACGACGCAGCAGAGGACCUGGUGAACUCCAGCCAGUCGCUGCUUCAGUGGUGUCAGAACAUCACCAGCCAAUACAAAGGGGUGAAGGUCACAAACUUCAGCACAUCCUGGAGAAACGGCCUGGCUUUCUGUGCCAUCCUACAUCACUUCCACCCUGACAAAAUAGAUUUUGACCAGCUAGAACCUCAUGACAUCAAGCUCAACAACAAAAAGGCUUUCGAUGGUUUCGAGGCGCUGGGCAUCUCUCGUCUGUUGGAGCCGUCCGACAUGGUUCUCCUGUCCAUCCCCGACCGGCUCAUAGUCAUGACCUACCUCAGCCAGAUCCGCUCGCACUUCACCAACCAGGAGCUGAGCGUGCUGCAGAUAGAGCACAACAGCAGCCAGUCCAGCUAUGGCCUCGCCCUCUCUGGUCCCGCGCCCACUAAUGUCGACGCUGCCGCCUUCUGCAUGGCCAGACUCAACGAAGGAAUGAGUCUGGAGGAAGGAGGGGGAGGAGGCAGCGCGUUGGUCGUCCCACCACCAAGGACCAAGCGAGUGGUUAAAGCUGACGAGUCAAUAACUCCAGUCCCGCCCCCAAGAUCUGUCACCAAGACGUCUGGACUCACUCAGGAUGAAAACACAACAACAGACUCUGCAACAGAGUUGCAGAAAGUCACAGAAAGUGAACCGACCAAGCAAGAGGCUGAGACAAUGUGUCUGCAGGACACCAGUCAGUAUGUGCUGAGUGAGCUGGCCGCUCUGGAGACCGAGCAGAAGCACAUUGACAGCAGAGCUGCCGUCGUGGAGCGACGACUGCGAAGCCUCAUGGAAACAGGAAGUGACCGUGAUGAAGAGGAGAGGCUGAUCCAGGAGUGGUUCACUCUGGUAAACAAGAAGAACGCUCUGAUACGCAGACAGGACAACCUGGAACUACUGCAGGAGGAGCAGGAUCUGGAGAGGAGGUUUGAGCUCCUCACCAGAGAACUCCGCGUCAUGAUGGCGAUAGAAGAUUGGCAGAAAUCGUAUACUCAGCAGCAGAGGGAGCAGCUGCUCCUGCAGGAGCUGGUGUCGUUGGUCAACCAGCGCGACGAGAUCAUCAGAGACAUUGAUGCCAAAGAGAGAGUGGCGCUGGAGGAGGACGAGCGUCUGGAGCGUGGUCUGGAGUUGAGGAGGAGAAAAUACAGCAACAAAGACAAAUGUGUCCUUCAGUGAGCGGCGACGUCGAGCACCAACACACUGCUGAACCUCUGAAGUUGUGACUUCUAGGAUAUUUUUUUUUAAAUUUGAUUUGCAGUUUGUGUGCACACUUUCCUGGAGAACUGCUAGAUUUAUUUUUGUUCCGUUCACGUUUGAAUUUUAAUCGCUGUCUUAACGCGAUCGCGUUCCGUUUCAUUUCAGCUGCUUUUAUUUAUUCUAACGGUUAUUUUUAUUGCCGUACAUGUUGCACAUGUUGCACACGUUUUGUGUGUUCUAUACUUUCGUGAGUUCAUUCAGUAUUCGAACACUGGGGUUUUCUUGUUUGUUUGUUUGUUUGUUUGUUUUGGAGGGCGUAGCGUUUCCUGUUGUCGCGACAACUUGUCAAACUUAAAGCAGAGCUGUGACUUUUGAGGUUAUGACAGUCUUUUUCUAGUAUGCACAGAUUAAAUGAAAAGUAUGCGUAAACAGUGCCUUUCUGAUACAAAACAUUGCAUGUAAUAAAUCAUGAGCUGGACUCAAACCCACUGUGUUGGUUGUAAAGUUAAGCGACAUGUUUUCAACUGCAGUACAAGCCCAACAUCUUAUUUUGAUGAAGCCUGAAAGCAUUUUAAUUUUUGAUUAUUUUUUUUUCUUUUUAGAGGUUGGAGUUAAAAGGUCGUUUUUAGGACCGAUUAUAGAUUUAUUUAUUUAUUUUAGCUCACUCUCUGAGAGCCUUGUCUGUGUAGUGUGACGAACGCGUGUGAGAACUUUUCCGAGGUGAGCUGAUAAAGUGGUACUGAUCUGCCUCACAGCUUCUUCUUCUGUCCGCCAAUCACGCUGUGUUUUAAGUUGAAGGAUGAUGUUGAUACUCUUCAACAUGGGGAAAAAAUAAAUAUUGGUUUGUCUCUUAAA